AUUAAACCGGGCAAAAAUUUGUGUUACGUCAUAUCGCGAACGCAUACCGACGUAAUUACUUAUUUAUUUUAUUUUUUCUCUCACAUAAAAUUGAGGAAGAAAUUAAUUGAGUCACGAAAGUUGCUGGUAUUCGGCAGGUGAUUAAAAAUAAAGAAAUCUUGUACAAACGAUAAGAGUUCUCGACUGUUAUACACAGUCGCCAAGUAAUGUGUAUACACGUAUGGAUGUGUAUAUAAUAAUAACGUUAUUCAUACACGCGUGUGCGAAUUCCUGGAUCAUCGACCCUUUCGUCGGGUUUUGUCGUUUAUAAUUGAGUUUAGGGGAUGAUAUUUCGUGGAUUUACCGAUUCGGUAUGGGUGGAAAUUGAUCGGAAUUUAUAAUCCCCUAGAGUAUACACCCUCGUAGAUUUUUGCCGUUUAUAUCAACGGGGUAAAAGCUGGAAUAGGGUGACCGUCGUGACCUGGAAAUAUACUCAAGGGGUUGAGAGGCGCCAUGUUUCCGCGUAUGCGCACCGUAGCUUGAAUCCCUUGUGUUCCAGUAUCUCGAGGUCACAUAUUCGAUCGGAUCCGCGUCUCUCUGUCGUGAAUAGCUGUAAAACAUAUACUUUAUUAUCAUGCUAACGGUACAUUAUCAUCCGAAUAUUCUCAGGCGACGUUAAUUGGGAUAAUAACAGCGCCCCGUGCUCAAUAAUGGUCGGAUGAAACGCGCGUCGUUCUAUCAAUUUAUUAUAGAUACCAUUUCGCUUCCAUUUACAUUCCAAUCUACGAGUAGAGAUGAGUUUCCUUGUUUAUCGCGCGGAGUGGGAAAUAAGCCUUUUGAAGAAAUGAAACGAAAAUUGGACCGAUCGUAUCGCCGGAGAAUGAGGAACACUUGUUAAAACGUAGCGCCGUGCGCGUUGGGGGUAGAAAAUUUCGCAUAUGGAGGCAGUCGAGGCACCGUGUUAGGCAACCAAGCCUAUCACGGACGCCAAACUGUAUUGCAUAAUAUCUUAUUUCUAAUAUCGGUUCUUUCGGAGCCUGUGGUUAUCGGUGCAAUCUAUAAUUAAAAAAGAAUUGUCGAAAUGGCAGCGAGUAAACAACAGGAAAUGAGUUACACGUGCGAGAUUUGCGGACUAGAGGGAUUCAAUGACGAGGAGAUGAGAUCGCACAUGGUUAUUUAUCAUCUCCAAGGGGCAGCAAGUUGUCCUUUUUGUGAUCUAGGUGAAGUAUCACCAGCCGAAAUGCUUCUUCACGUGAAUAGCGCCCAUUUGGACUACCUUACUCCAAGUACCCCGAAAAAUGACAUGAUGGCAUUCAUUGAUGAUGAUCCUACAACGGACAGUGAUCGUUAUGACGAAUGUAGAGGACCAUCUCCACCACCGGUCUCACACCCUCCUCAUUUCCAAAAUGGUUGGGGCUCUUCGUCACCUCUACAGCAAUCUCAAGAAGAACGAAAGUCUAACAUUCCUAAUCUUAACAAUAAUAUAAACAACAAUAACAAUAGCAGUACAGUUAAUGGCCAGCCAUCUGGAGGUGCUGCAGGUCAUGGGUCUCCCCUACGCUCUAGCCUUAAUCUUCGGCUACGUACACAUGCCUCACCAAAACCGCCAGUCCAGGAGUGUCCUAUGUGCCCCUACAGCUCAGAUAGUCCUCUCAAACUUGAAGAGCACAUUAAUCGUCAGCAUUUUGAUUUAACAUCACCGUCCUAUCCUCCUGAAUCACCACCUUCUAGAGAUGGAGUCUUCAAUUGUCCUCUUUGUGUUAGGUCCUUUCCCCAUGUGUCUGAUCUGGAACUACAUGUCAACAUUGAACACAAAGACAUACUUAGUCCAGCAAAUGGGACGACUGCUUCAUCAGAUCAAAGCAGUACAGGAAGUUACACACCUGCAUGUCCAGUUUGUCUGAGCACAUCGUUUCGGAGUAGUGAAGAACUGACUGCGCACAUAGAAGAACAUUUCAAUAAGAAAGGUGCACCCUCGCCUGUCACACCAGAUGUUUCAAGUGAUCGUUUGUUGGCAAAAGAUAUGGAGAGGCGAGAAAAAGAAAUCAGAAGGUUGCGAGAACAACGUGAAUUUGAAAUGUUGAGAGCACAAUACGGAAUGGACAAUCAAGGAAACUUCCGAGAGCAAAGCAACACCAAUAUGCAGCGGGCUGUUUAUGCUGGUGAAAUGUCUGUUGCUGAUUACUAUGAAAGACAAAUUGAACUCAGAGUUGCUGAGAGCAACGGUAUCGACGAUGGAAGCUCUUGCACACGUGGACUGGUUCCAAAAGUGCGAGCAGUGAGUCAAGCUUGUAGUAAUGUUGUGAAUACUUUGAUGUGCUCCACUGUUGACCACUAUGGAUCAACUUAUGGCGACAGGGGUUGGGGGUGCGGAUAUAGAAACAUACAGAUGUUGAUCUCAUCGUUGCUACAGCAUACAGGUUUCAACGACCUGGUGUACAAGGCAUGGGGCUUUGGUAAAGAAGGUAGCAGCACUAGUGAGUGGCCCUCUCGCAGUGCCAUGCCAUCCAUUUCACGAAUUCAGACACUAGUGGAGUGGGCUUGGUCCCAGGGCUUCGAUAUCCAAGGUGCUGAACAACUUGGUGGAAAGCUAGUCAAUACGAGGAAAUGGAUCGGCUCUUCAGAAGUCUUUACUUUUUUAUCCAGCCUCAGAAUAAGAUGUCAGCUGGUAGAUUUUAUUAGUCCAACUAGUCCUGAUGGUGGGCAUCCCGAGAUGUUCAACUGGGUGUUACAGUAUUUUCAAAGAAGUGACGAUUUUAAGCCACCAUUGUAUUUGCAGCAUCAAGAUCACAGUAGGACAAUAAUGGGGGUCGAACAACUUAGAGAUGGCUCAAUAACCAUGUUAGUGUUGGAUCCCAGUCACAAUCCAGCCCAGAUGUCUCAGUUUAACAGCACGAGUAGUGCUCCUGGGGCGAUGCGACUUGUCCGCAAAUCCGUUGCUGCCAUGAAAGCUAGGCACUAUCAAGUUGUGGCUGUUACUGGUAUCAUGGAGACAGAAUCUCAGUAUCAACAAAGCAAGGUGUUCCAAUCGAUACAAAUUCCACAGGAUAGGUGAGAGUCAGUGAAUAAUACAUUGAAUAAUAAUGAUAAUCUACGUCCUCUGAUAAGUGUCCUAUGGUGUUUUCUUGUUGCUGUGACGGGUGUCAGCCACAAUACCCUUAAAUUAAUACCUGUCAUAAUUCAGAAGAACUCGUGACCAUGGGAACAUAGUCUACCUGUAGAAAUGUAACACAACGUUAUUGUAUAGUUAAUGAAUAUUCUUACAUUCUUAGACAUCGGUAGAUAGGAUCAGGUUACGUCUGAGUUUACCAUCCUCAAAUACUUCAUAUUAUGAUGAUUGUAGAUAGUAAAAUAAUUCUAACGAAUUUACACUGAUUCAUGUAGGUAUAUAUCCUACAUAUAAUUUAUAUGUAUAUCAUGAAAGAGUACGUGUCAGACACAAAUUUUAAAGUGUCUUCUGGGUGCACUGUUUACCAAAGUCUAAGGUCUAACCAUGAUCAUCAGGAUUUCACUUUAUUCCACUUAUCUGAGGAUAAACUAAUAAAAUCUCUGAUAUGAACUCUUAGCCUAAUAUAACACAAAUAUAUUCUUAAGAAUGUAUCUGUGAUCGAGUCAGAAACUGAAGCAUAAUAUGCAUACCUACAUAGUAGUGCGAUUUACGUUUAAUUAGGAAGUAUUCGUAUCGUGCAAAGACACUUUAAAAUUUUGGGACUAAUUUGCAAUGCCCGGCCCCAAGUUAGUAAGCUCAGAUGAAAGAAAUAUAUUAACAUGCUCGAUCGCUAAUAAUUUGAUACCUACGUAGACAUCUACAAUUAAUGCUCAAUAUUUUUUGACCAUGUUAAUUAUGUCAAUUCAUUUAUCAAUUAUCAAUUAGGCAUUGUUUUUCAAUCAAUUGAUUAAUUAUAAUAGAUGGCCGGGAUGGGAGAAAGAGACUCUUACGUAGCUGUGAUGCUAUUAUCUAAUUAAUGCUAAUCACUCACUUAACAAAGCAUUUUUAACCACACCCCAAAGUCCUUAUAUAACAAGUUAUUUAGUUGAUUAGGGACCAUUAUGUGUAAAUAUAUGUGUAUAAUUAUUUUUCUUGAAUUGUUCCUGCCCAUUAUGAAAGGUAAUAUGUCAAAAGUUUCACUUUUCACCUUUGUUUGUAAAAUAUUUGGGAACUUCUAAUACUAAACUAAUGAUAUAUCGCUUGAAAAUAUUUCAGCAACUACUCAAUUCGAAAUUAUGCACGGGUUGAUCAGUGAUCGAGCCAAACUUAAGAUAAAUUGCAUGAUCAGAACACGGUCAAUUCAAUUGUAUUAAAUAGAUAUCGACGCUCUGUGAAGCUUACAAACUUCUAAUGAUUAUAGAUACUUUUUUAUUUCAGAAUUAUGAUUAACGUUAUUUUUUUUCUAAUUUUUUUAGGAACAAAAGUAACUUCGUUUCAAAGUUUCGUUUGAAGUUUUAAAAAGAGCUUUACCACACACCGCACCAGCAAUCAACACCCAUCUCAUAAAUUGCACUUACUCGUUUUCACACAUAUAAAGUACAACUACUUUCAUACAAAUUAUAAGUAAUAUAUUUAAUUAUUUCAAUCGAUAUAAGACAACCUACUCCGUAGUUUUUAAGUCCACUAUAAUGCUGUGAAAGUUUCAGUCCAAUACUUAAUCGUUAUACAACUUGAUAAUAGACUAUCAGUAUGUAUGUACAUUAAACUCCUUCUUGGAAGGUCUAUUUAUUAUAAUGUAAGUAUUCAUUCAUUGUCCAAUGUGUCUCUUGAUUAUAAAGAAAACCUGUGUUACCAUUUGUAUGAUAUUGCUAAAGACAUGAUUAUUUUGAUUUUUUCUGGCAUUCAUAUUAGAGUAUGUACAUGAUAAUCACUACAAAAUUUUGCCUGUAAUCAUUCAUGUGGAGAUCCAUCCAACAUAUAAUUUAAAAAUACUAAUCACUGUUAAUUUCUUGUUUUUAUACUUUAUUUUGUAGUGAAGUGUGCGAUCACUUGUCAGUUUCUUAUAUGAUAAAAUCAUGAAUGAUAGAAAUUUGUUGGAAGUCUCAUUACUCGCAGAUUUAUUACCACUAACAAAAAAGUUCAGUUUUUGUAGUAGCGAGACUAAAUACAAAAUUGUUAUUAUACAAUAAAAUUUAAAUGUUAAAUCCACACAUGA